GUCAAAAUGGUCAACCACACGCAGUCAUUCGACUCUGUACCGCAAGAGCUGGUAGAGCUACUUACCGCCGAGUUGCCAUAUUCGCUGCCAUUAUUACGACGGCUGCAAUUUACAAAGUUCCCGCAAGGAACUUCUGAACACGCUCGCGUUAUCUUCAUCUCAGCUACCGAACUCUCAUCCCGGCCUGAUGUAUAUACGGCAGCAUACCUAGACUUUUCCAAGUCAGGCACUCAGAUGUUUGUAUAUUCGACUCUAGAACACCCUCGCAACGGAUAUGAUUCGAGUAACGAUGGGACGUACGAGGAACAAGUAGCGGAAUUGGUCGGACAAGUCAUUAGAUUGCGCAAAGAAUACGGGAAAGAGCUGUUAUUCACUAACCCAGAACGUAUCUUGGUUGGCACUCUUCACUCCAAGAUUCGGUCCAUCUUGGAAACGUUUGACGGCAGAGUCGAGUCUAGGCCUUCAGGCCUUUUUGAUAAAUGGCUAAUGAAGAGAGACGAGUUGCCGGUACUUGGUGAUGACCUUCCACCGGGAAUGGAAUGGGGGAGCGCCAGUUUGGACGAUUGCCGCAUUAUUUGCUCCCGAACGGACAUUCCUCGAACUCCAGAGGAGCUAAUUCAUCUCCCAAACCUUACAAUUAAACUUGAAGACAAGACGCCGAUAGUGUGGGGAUUAGUUGGAAUAGACGGUUCACUCAUAUCGAUUCACUGCGAGGAGCCUUAUAGACGUCAAGGUCUAGCUAAAAAGCUAGCCGCGAAGCUUUUACGGGAAAAGUCUACACUAUCUGCGAGCGAUGGACUAAUUGCAGCAGACGUGUCGCCUACGAAUGCAAGCAGCCGCGCCAUGUGCAAGGCUUUGGGUGGUAAACCAGACUGGACUACAUCUUGGUGA